CGAGUUCACUGAAACCUUUCUGAAACGUGAAUGAAAAGACCAACAUGGCGAAAGAACACCGUACAUUUAAAGAGGAGUGCAGUUAUAUUGAGCGCUUAAACGAAAACUCGUUUCUUAUCAAGAAAGGCUUUGUCCCAAACAUGAAGGUUGAAGGUAUCUUAGAUAUAUAAAUGAGCUGCUCGAAAAACUAAUGUUUGAUGAGCUGAAGCACUGGGCUGGAACUCAAGUUACCGUAUUCAACAAUGUGUCAAGUUUGUUCUAGUAAAGUUUGAAAUACGAGUGAUUAGCGUUUGCGGCUAUAUUUUGUAAAAGACGAAUCUGGUUUAUUGGAAGUUUAUGUCGAUGUCUCGCAACGGUUCUGAUGUCUACCUGUCUUAUUCGGCCGGGAAGAACGGCCAACCUGCCGAAAACGGUCCACGUGCUCGUAAACCGAAUACCUCUUUGGAUCAAGAAGGAAUCUCUCUUGAACGCAUCCGUGAACUCAGAAAGCGGAGAGGAGGAGUGUUGUCUUCGUUAACGUCCAAGCGUCGAGAGAUCGAUAGUCUUUUAACGGAUGAAAAUAAUUUGGGGACGGUGAAAGUAAAGCUGUCGGAAAUCACGUCGCUAUUUCGAAGAUUUACCGAGGCUCAUGACGCGUAUAAUGUAGCUCUGGUUGAGGAAAGUCAGAGACAAGAAUCAGACCUCUAUUUCGCCGACAUUGAAAGCAGUUUAGAUUUUUUCUGCCGUACGGUCAAUGAUUGGUUACGUGUCACGGAAGCCAGGCUUCAAGAUAACCUGAUAACGCCUGACGACAGCGCUUCUCAAAUUGGGUCCGAGGUUCGUAGCAAGUCUAGACCAUCCAUGUGUGGAUCGAGAACGAGUCACUUUUCUAAAACGAGCUCCAUAUCUGCUGCAAGAGCCAAAGAGGCAGCUCGCAUCGCGGAACUUCGAGCGGAGGCACACGCUUUGAAACACCGCCAUUCGCUUCAGGAAUCGGAGCUACGCCUCAAGAGGCAAGAGUACGACCUGCAGUUGAAGAAAGAUGAAUUAAACCUCAAAACUGAGUACGCUAAAGCGGUGGCUAGAGAAGAAGCUUACGCUCAAGCUGAAGCGGGUAACUUCGCGCCUAGCAACGUGGCCUCUAGGAAUCCUCGUUGUCCCGUUUCAGUCGUAUCCUCCAUCACUGAAAAGUCAAGGACUGGUGGUUCAAAACGUGAGUCAUUUGUACCUGCCGAUAAGAAAGAGAAAUUGUCUGUGAAGUCAAGUAACCCGGUUAAAGAUCAUAAAGGUGCUGUGAGUGAUUCAAGUUCAAGCUCUGGCAACUCAGGUCUGAGCGACCAGGCCUAUGGCAUUCUCGUCCAGCAGAACCGAGUAAUGGAAGAGUUCGUGAAACAGCAGCAAAGGAACUUGUUGCCCAGGAGACGUGUACCUGUGUUCAGUGGAGACCCUUUACAUUACUGUGCUUUCAUUCGCGCGUUCGAGACCGUAAUCGAAACUAGAGAACUAGAUUACGCUGGGAGACUCUAUUACCUCGAACAGCACACAGCUGGCAGAGCUCAAGAGUUGGUACAAAGUUGCCUCUACAUGAAAGCUGAAGAUGGGUACGUGAAGGCAAAGAAACUCUUAGAGAGCAAAUUUGGACAGAAGCACAAAAUCGCUAUGGCAUAUGUGGAUAAAGUCACUAAUGGUCCAGUCAUCAAAGCUGAAGAUGCAGACGCCCUAGAAGGCUUUGCCGUUUUGCUCUCUAGCUGUACAAACACUCUUAAGGCUAUCGGCUAUUCCAGCAAGUUCGAAAGUCCGGAUAGCAUGCGGAAGAUUAUUGAGAGGCUUCCCCCGAAGUUGCAAGCCAGUUGGCGGGACAACGCUGAUCGGAUCCUCAACUCGGAAGCGAGAGAUGUCUGCAUUGAUGAUAUUUCACUCUUCGUUGAACAGAAAGCUCGCACCUUGUCCAAUCCAGUUUUUGGCAAGCUUCCUUGUUUGGAAAAGGAGAAGAAGAACAGCAAGGAUAGGGGUUCGAGAUCGAAGUCUGAGAGACCCGGUGGAAAACAGCUAAGCCUCGUCACGAUUUCCGAGACGAAAUCUGCUCUCAAUUCAUCUGCUGAUGUGUUGAGUGCAGUUCAUUCUUCUAAGAAGAACUGUCUGUUUUGUAAUGCAGAUCACAAUCUCACCGAAUGUUCCAGUUUCGCCAAAGUACCUCCUACAGAUCGUCAGGAGUUUGUCAUGAAGCAGAGGCUAUGCUUUUCGUGCUUAGGUGGAGGCCAUCAGUCUAGAAGUUGUCACAAAAGGAAGCCCUGUAUUCACUGUAAUAAGAGACACGCUACUGUAAUGCAUGUAGGUGCACCAGAAGCUAUUGUUGCGUCCGACCGUGGUAAGGAUGGACCUCAGAGCGAGAACAACCAGUCCAGUACUGAGAAGAACAGAGCUGAUCACUUUUGUGGCCUAACCACAAUGGAGGGUUCCGUGAAUGCAUUGCCCAUUGUUGCUGUGAAGGUCAAAGUCAAAGGAAGUCCUCGGUCCGUGGAGACCUAUGCGUUGCUGGAUAAUGGAUCUAACACCACCUUUUGCUCGGCUAAUCUGUUGAGACGUCUGAGAGUCUGCGGCAAGGAAAUGAGAAUCAAGCUAACCACCAUGGAUAGCUGCAACGAUGUGGACAGUCUCGUUGUUACGAACCUGGAAGUGGCUGAUCUAGACGAGAACGUUGUCAUUUCCUUGCCAGAAGUUCUUUCCCGACCUUCUAUGCCUGUAGUGAAAGACGAGAUCCCGAAACAGGAGGAUGUGGAGCGAUGGCCGCACCUCCAAGGCUAUGUAUACCUAGCAGAAUUGAAUUCCGAGGUGGAUCUAUUGAUUGGUGCAAAUGUACCUGAAGCCCUACAACCGAGAGAAGUUGUCCCUGCCUCUGAUGGGGGUCCAUAUGCAACUAGAGUUGAUCUUGGCUGGGUUAUCAAUGGCCCAACUGGAAGAAAGCAAAAGUUUGUCCCAUCUUCUAGUUUCUUCGUUAACUGUAAGGAGACUCAUCCUAUGUGUAUAGCAUGUGCUGAUUUUGCAGAUGCCACUCUUUCCGAUGGUUUAAGCAUGUCAAGGGAUGACUUAAAGUUCAUGAACAUUGUAGAGGAUUCAGUUAUGCAGUGUGAAGAUGGUCAUUAUCAGGUUUCUCUACCGUUAAGGGACCUCAACUUGCAGAUGCCAGCAAACCGGAGUCAAGCAGAACGCCGUGCUCUCUAUCUUAAACGUAAAUUCUCUAAAGAUGUGAAGUUUCGCGAGGACUAUGUUGCUUGUCUUGAGAAGGUGAUCGGUGACGGUUUUGCAGAAAAGGUUCCCCUGGAUGUCCUGAAGAGAUCAGAUGGUAAGGUGUGGUUUAUCCCGCACCACGGCGUUUAUCAUCAUAAGAAACCGGAUAAAAUACGUGUCGUUUUCGAUUGCUCAGCCCAUUCUCAAGGAACUUCCCUGAAUGAUGAGCUGUUUCAAGGUCCUGACUUAACCAAUAAUCUGGUUGGCGUGCUGAUCCGUUUCCGGCAGGAGCCAGUCGCAGUCAUGGGUGACGUUCAAUCUAUGUUCCAUCAGGUGCGUGUCCCAGAAGAAGAUAGAGACCUCCUACGGUUCCUUUGGUGGCCCCGUGGUGACUUCUCCAAGGAAUUAGAAGAGUAUCGGAUGACCGUACAUCUGUUCGGUGCGGUUUCGUCUCCCAGUUGUGCUAACUUUGCCAUGCGACGGAAUGCCGAAGAUCAUAGGCACGAGUUUUCCCCUGACGUGGUUAGUACUGUCUUGAAGAAUUUCUACGUUGACGACUGCCUGAAGUCCUUACCUUCAGCGACUGUUGCAAUAAAGCAUGUGGAAGAACUUCGUCGGCUAAUGCUGAGGGGAGGUUUCAAUUUGACUAAAUGGAUCAGCAAUGACCGCGAAGUCUUGGAAUCCAUUCCUGUAGAAGCUAGAGCAAAGGAUGUUAAAGAUCUGGAUCUUGAUAACGACGCGCUUCCUGCAGAGAGAGCCCUAGGUGUAUCCUGGUUUGUCGAGACAGAUUCAUUUGGUUUCAAAGUGAACAUUAAGGAGAAACCCUGUACCAGGCGUGGUAUCCUUUCCGUGGUGAGUUCAGUUUACGAUCCUCUCGGUAUGGCAGCGCCUUUCAUCCUUCCGGCAAAACUGCUCCUUCAGGAUCUGUGCAGAAAGAGUUUGGGUUGGGAUGAUGAGAUUCCCAGCGACUACCUAUCUCGUUGGCGUGUGUGGCUAAAUGGUCUACCGAAACUUUCCCAGAUGUCAGUGGGCCGGUGCGUUAGGCGUGGAUCUGGUAACGUUGUGUCAAGUGAGAUUCACCAUUUCUGUGAUGCCUCUCAGUCGGCCUUUGGAGCUGUUUCGUAUCUUCGACAGGUUGACUCCGAUGGCCAGAUCAACUGUUCUUUCCUUCUCGGAAAAUCUCGUCUCGCCCCUUUAAAACAGGUCACUAUCCCACGUUUAGAGUUAGCGGCCGCCACUAUGUCCAUUCGUUUGAACAAAGUAUUGAAGAAGGAGUUGGAGAUUCCGAUUGAUGCAAUCUCUUUCUGGUCCGAUAGUAUGACCGUGUUGCGUUACAUUGGAAACGAAUCCAAGCGCUUCCACACUUAUGUUGCCAACCGUGUGGCCCUCAUUAGAGAGGAUUCCAGUCCCUCACAGUGGAGACACAUCGACUCCAAGUCUAAUCCUGCAGAUGAUGCUUCACGAGGAGUUACUGCGGAGUCCUUCACUAAGAACGACCGCUGGAUAAAGGGGCCGGCGUUUCUGCUGAAACAUAAAUCUGAAUGGGAAAGGUCCCCUCUGUGCGGCGUAAAACUGGAAGAGGAUGACCCAGAGGUGAAACGAGAGCCGAAAUCUUUUGUUGUUCACGCGAGUAAAGAUUCAAGUAUCGUUUCUAUCAUCCAACGGUUCUCUUCAUGGUUCAAAUUGUUGAAGUUUAUCGCGCUGUGUCUUCGCUGCCAGAGAAGAUUUGUGAUGAGGAGAAAAGUGUCAAAGGAGAAUUGUUUGGAUACUGCUGACGCAUCUGGAGCGAAAUUGGUGACAAACGCAGAGUUGGAAGAAGCCGGAAAAGAGAUUAUCAAGUUCGAGCAGAAUCUCACCUUUGCAGAAGAAUUAGAAGCCGUUAAGGGAGGUAAAUGCGUCAAGGGGUCAAGUGCACUUGCAAGAUUAGAUCCGAUCUUGACCGAUGGUCUUCUUCGUGUUGGCGGGCGCCUUAGCAGGGCUACCCUAUCAGACGACUCUAAGCAUCAGAUUAUCAUUCCUAGAGAUUCUCAUCUAGCUCGUCUGCUUGUGAACCACUUUCACCAGAAAAGCGGCCAUUCUGGUAGAGAAUAUGUCCUGGCUCUGUUGCGCGAACGUUUCUGGUUGAUUCGUGCCAACUCUACUGUUAGAAGUGUGCUUUCAUCCUGCUUUGAUUGCAAACGACGACAAGGUCCCGUUGGAGAACAAAAGAUGGCAAAUCUGCCUCGGCCUCGAGUUACACCAGAUCAACCCCCCUUCACGUGCGUGGGGAUAGAUUAUUUUGGUCCCUUUCUUGUUCGUCAAAAGAGGAGCAUGGUCAAACGUUAUGGUGCAAUCUUCACUUGUUUGGCACUGCGAGCUGUUCAUCUGGAGGUGUGUCACUCACUGGACACUGACUCUUUUAUUCACGCACUCAGACGUUUUAUCGCUCGUAGAGGUCAAGUUAAAGAAAUUCGCUCCGACAAUGGUUCAAAUUUCGUAGGAGGUGAAAGGGAGCUUCGUGUCAUGAUUGACAGCUGGAAUCAAGCUAAAAUUCAUGACGCCCUUCUGCAGAAAAGCAUCAAAUGGGUUUUUAACCCACCCGGAGCCUCGCAUCAUGGUGGUGUCUGGGAGAGGCUAAUUAGAUCUACACGCAAGGUUCUGGGUGCCCUGGUUAAAGAACAAAGUCUCGAUGAUGAGAGUCUUCAGACCUUGUUGUGUGAAUGUGAGAGCAUUAUCAAUGGAAGACCUCUGACCACAGUUUCUGACGAUCCAAAGGAUUUAGAACCACUAUCACCGAACCAUCUUCUCCUGCUUCGCAGCGAGACACCUCUUCCUCCAGGCUUGUUCUUAAAGAGCGACACAUACUCCAGGAGAAGAUGGCGGCAAGUACAAUAUUUGGCUGAUGUUUUCUGGGGUCGCUGGAAGAGAGAAUAUCUCCCUCUGCUGCAGUCACGUCAGAAAUGGUUUCGACCAAAGAAAAACUUUGCCGUGGGGGACACUGUUAUCGUGGUUGACGAAACUUUGCCAAGGAAUGCGUGGGCAAUUGGUCGGAUUACAGAGGUUUUUCCUGACAAAUAUGGAUUUGUCCGCCGUGUCAAGGUUAAAACCAAGACAUCAACUUUGGAGCGCCCUAUCAGUAAACUAUGUCUUCUGGAAUCAAUUGAACAAGUGGAAGGGAAAAUUCAUUGA